AUGCAAUUAAAAUGUUUACAAUUAACAGUUGAUUGGCAACAACAAUGUCUUUUUGUUGUACAUGAUAUAUUAUUUACACGUCUUAUUCAAUCAGAAACUUUAACAACAGAACGAAUUUUAUUACAAAAAACAAUUGGUACACUUGAUAUGCUUCACAAUCGAGCUAGUUUAUUACAAAUUAAUUCAUUUUCUAUUCAUUUUCCAUUUGAUUCAACAUUUAAUGAAGUUAUGGAAAAGUUUAUUAAUAUUCGUAAAUGGUUAAAACGUCUUCAUAAAGCUAAUGGUGAUAUGUCAUCAACAUUUUUAAGUCAAGUUCCAAAACAUACUGUAUCAAAUGAAGUUUGGACAGAUUUAUCAAUAAAAAUAAAUGAAUUUGAAUUAACUAUAAUUGAUGAUUUAUUUGAAGUUAAAUUAUUUCAAAAUUACUGUUUAAUGGCUGAUGAAUAUCAUGAACGUGAAAUACGUGAACAAGAAUUACAACGUCGUAUAGAAGGACAUGAAAAAAUGUCUCAACCAUUAAAUAAUAUAAAUGAAUUAAAAAAAGCUUUAAUGGAUGCUAAUUCUCGUGUUUAUAUAAAACGUUGUCAAAAAACAAAUUAUGAUGAAAAUAAUCAACGAAUAAAACGUAAUUUAGUACGUUGGCAUUUACGACAAGUUGAUUUAAUUGCAUUAGCUGAUCAAUCAUGGACAGGAAAAGAAAAUAUAUUAAAUAUAAUACAUCGAAUUGAUUGUGAUAGUCCACAAAUUCCAAUUGAUACAAGUGAUUUAUGUACAAUAUGGUGUCGUUAUGUUAUAUUAAAAUGUGAUGAUUGGUCAAUACAUUUUCGAGAUUUUCGACAACCAUUAUGGCAAAUGCAACAAUUUCAUCUUUGGGGACAUAUUUGUGCAGCUGAAACUACACCAGAUAGUUUAGAUUCAAUAAGAACACCUUGGGUUGAUAUUGGUGAACCUUAUUCACCAAGUCGAGUUCAAGUUCAAAGACUUUUAUCACCAUUAAAAUUUUAUCAUGAUAUUAAUUCCGAUCUUGAUUCUUUUCUUAUUUCAUUUGGACCAGCUUGGGAAAAUACAAUAGCUCAAGUUAAUUUAUGUUUAAAUAGUAUAACAUCUCGUACAGUUGACCCUUCUCCAUUACUUGCAUGGUGGGAUAAGAUUCGUCUUUUAUUUCAUGGUCGAUGGUCAUUUGCUGCAAAUAAAAUGUCAUGGCUUUAUCAUGUUGGUUCAGAUCCAUAUAAUGACACUGAAGAAAUGGAAUGGGUAUGGGAUCAAACGUAUGUUGAUUGGACAAGUGGAAAAUUUCUUAUCAAAGCAUCAAGUCUUUCUAUUAAAUUAAGAACAAGUUCAAAAUAUGAUGAUUGUUGUUUACUUUAUUUACCAAAUGUUGAUACGAGAAUAUCUUUAAAUUGGUUAUGUGCUGGUAAUCCAAAUGAUCAUAAUGCUGUUCGACUUGCUACACGUGAUGCUGUUAAAUCACGGCAAAAACAAGAGCCAUAUGAUUCUUAUGCAUUAUAUCGUUCACAUCAUGUGAAUUUAGCAGCAAAAUUUGAAUGUAAAGAAGUACCUGAAGGUGGAACACCACCAACAUGUACUAUCUAUGCAAGUACACUACGAUUUUGUGAAGGUGUUAAGAAUACUAUGAUGUCAAUUACUCGACCAACACGUCGUGGACGUAAAUUUUUAUCACCAGGUGAAACUGCUGUACCACUACGUAAACCUCUACUAUCUCGUCAUUAUGAAGCUGUUGAAUUACAAUUAAUAUUACCUCAAUUUCGUGUUAAAUAUUUAACAUCAUUUGCACGUCAAACAGGUGCACAAGUUGAUUGUCGUUUAUUUAAUUUUAUAACAUAUCAAGAAUUACAUUUAAUUGAACAGCAUGAUGGUCUCUCACGUCGUGCAAGAACAUUAUGGAAACCAAAAAUGAUGAAUAUUAAUUUAGAACGUGCACAAAUGUGGUUAUUACGUGAUGCUAAUGAAGAUAAAGAAAUAAAUGAAAUAACAAAUAAAUCUGAUAAUCAACAAGAAUCACAACAACAACGUACAUUUUUUCUUAGUUUAGAUAGUCUUGUUUAUAUACGUUCACCAUCAACAAAUAGUAAAACAAGUACACAUAGUGUAUUAAUUGGUGGAUUAAAAGCUGUUUGGAAUUUAACUAAUCGUCGAACACUUUUUCUUGUCUAUGAACGUUAUCGUCGAAAUAAUAUACUUCGUUCAAAUCUUUCAAAUCCAUUUGCUAAAGAACUUGAACAUUUACAACAAGAAAAAAUUCUUAAUACAUCAUCAAAUCAAUCACCAUUGGAUGAUAAUAUACAUAUAAAUGAUGAAUUAAAUUUAAUGACAACAACAGCAACACCAUUACCAACAACAACAAUAACUGUAACAACAAAUGAUACAAUUUCACAACCAUCAACAUUAGCUUCAUUUCUUGAUCAACUUAUUAAUGAAAGUCAACAUAAACCAAGUGUUGAUCUUGAUCCUGUUGUUGAUGCAUCUGUAUCUUUAGUUGGUCUUCGUCAAUGCUCAAAAGAAGAUGUUGAAGAACAUACAUUACAUAUUGAAUUAGCUGAUGGUCAAAUAGCUUUACGUGGUACUGAAUCACGUGGUUAUGUUAUUUUAUCAGCUGCAAUUGCAUUAGUUGAUCAAUAUCGUCAUAAACCUGUUUGGCGUGAUCAACAAUUAUGUGAUAAAACAUCAUGGCAUGGUAAUCUACAAGGAAUGCAAUAUUUUGCAACAACAGUUUCAUCAACACCAUCAACAAUAGAUGAUACAAAUGAUAUGUCAUCGUCAUCAUCAGAUGAUGAUAUAAUUUGGAUUCCACAACGUGAUAUUCGUGAUGAAAAUUCUUUAUUAGGCGAAUCAUCACGAAAUGUUAUUGGAAGUAUAGCAACAAAUGAUGGUCAUGGUGAUCAACAACUUCAAUGUAUUAUAUCAAAAUCCAAUGCAAAUUUAUCUUAUGUGUUUUAUACUGAACAAACACAACAAGAAGAAGAAACCGAUACAAAUAUUGUUAUUCCGCCAUUUACAAAACCGUCAAUGAACGAAUUAAAUCCAAUUGGUGAAAGUGAUCGUUUGCUUGUUGAUUCAUUGACAUUUAUUCAUAAUGAUAUUGAAUUAUCAACAAAUUCAUCACAAUAUCGUACAAUUAUGGAUAUUGUUAAUAAUUUACUUUUAUAUGUUGAACCUAAAGAAGAAGGUGCUAAUAGUAAAUUAAGGAAACUUCGUUUACAAAUUCAAUUAGCUGAUAAUCUUCCUGUUUUACGUGAAAGUAUUCGUCAUUUACUUGAACGUGUUAGAUCAACAUUAGCUAAAUUACGAAGACUUGAACGAGAAAUUUAUUUUUUUAGUCGAGCAAAUAAUAAUCUUGUGAAUCCUUAUUCAUCUGACGAAGAAGAUGGUCGAGAACGUACACUUUUAUAUACAUCAGACGAAUAUGAAAAAUUACAAACAUUAUAUACUUCAGUUAAAGUUCAAUUAAAUAAAUUAGCAGAAAAAUUAGGCAUGAUGUGUGCAGUUUAUAAAGAUAUGCAAUUAGCACGUCUUAUUAAAUUAAGAAUAGCAGGAACAAGUAGUAAAACUGCUCGAUUGGAACGACGAUAUGAACUUCAUGGUGGUUCAAUUACAUGGUUUAUUAAACAUGAUGAUGGACAGAUUAAAAAUGCAGAAUUUUUAUUAAGAAAUAUUUUGUAUACUAAACGUUAUUAUGAAAAUGGUACAAACGAACAUGCCAUAAGUAUUGGUCAAGCUCAAGUUGAAAAUUUAUUACCUGAUGAUCGAUAUCGAACAAUUUUAACAUCAAAUUGUCAACAACAACAUACAAUGAUACGUGUUUAUUGUAAAGAAGGAGAAUCUGUUGGUGGUAUUGCUGUAAAAGAACAUCUUGAAAUUAAUGUUGCACCACUUGUUAUUCAAAUGACACGUCGUUUUUCUCAAAUGUUAAUGGCAUUUCUUUUUCCUAAUAAAGCUCAACAAAAUAAUGAAAUACAACAAGCAAAUAAUAAUAAUCGAUCGAAUAAAUCAUCACUUAAACAUACAACAUCAAAUUCAUUUAAACGUCGAACAAGAUCAGCUGAAACUGUGUUACGUCGGUUCAGUCGUCGUAUUUCGAAUGAUAUUCGAUGGGGUGACGAAGAAUUAUUAACUGGUCGAUCAUUAUUCUACUUUAGUAAUGUUGAUCUUGAUGCAAUGGAAAAACGUGCAAAAAAUACAUUAUCAUUUCAAUAUAUUAAAAUUCCUGAAGUAUCAUUAAUUAUUUCAUAUAAAAUUCGAGGUACAAAAGAAAAAAAGAUUGGUGAUUUAGAAAAUGCACAUAUAUCAUUUCCAACACUUGAAUAUCGUAAUUUAACAUGUAGUUGGCAUGAUCUUGUUUUAGCAAUAAAAUCUGAUGUUAAAACAGUAUUACUUUCUCAAGCUAUUAGACAAAAUAUUAAUUUAAGAUUACCAUUUAUUGGAAAAUCGACUCGAGCACAAAAUCAACAAUUAUUAGCAACAACACCAACAGGAGCAGGAGGAGGAGGAGGAGUAGAGGCAACAACAAAUAAUUCAGUUUUAUUCAAUUCGGAUACAAUAAAUAAUAAUGAAAUAUCGAAUACAAAUGAACAACAAGAAGAAGAAGAACAAAAACAUAAAAUGAAACUUGUCCUUGGUACGAAAAUAUCAAAGGAUCUUAUAGCACAAUUUAAACGUCGAAAAGAUCCAUGA